CAGACGUGUUACCACAGCCGCUCCGGUCCGGUGACCUUGUCGGGACCGUAUCUCACCGCAGCCCAUCCGGUCAACGCGCUGAGAGAUAGGGAGGACGAGGCAGACGGAGAAGUUCUCAGUGAACCAGCUGUUCCAGUACGAUAAGUGCAGCAGGAAGCUUUGAAAGCCAGGAUGUCCUAGCUCCUUGUAUGGCUGAGAAGUUGGACCGGAGUCAUUUGCAUCCCCCUCCCGUCCGUCCCUGUUUACAGAGAGGAGCGUCUGAUGUGUGUGUUCAUGUGUUUGCUCUGCUCCGCCUGUCUGUCACAGGAGGCCACCCUGGUGCCCGAGUCGACUCGAGCAGAAAGCACUCAUCGCUUUUGGGACUCAAAACCGCCGAGUUUGACCAUGUAGUGGAACCCGGAAUUAUGCUCCUCAGUUGAACUACAGUAACAGUAUUACUCUCUCAAGUUCUACACCCGUUUGUUGGUGGUGGUGUGGCGAGGAGUUGGUACUGUUGGUGAAGCAUGGAUCCUCCCGAUUCCGCCGGGUUGCAGAAAGUCGGCCUACGCAGGAGGCUGUGCCGGGAUAACCACAGGCAGGACACUAUCAGAGAUUGGCUCUCCUCCAACGUCGACGUGGAGGAUGCAAAGCGAGAGGCUGCGUCGGAGCGGGCAGUGCCCAUGCGGAGGAGCCCCAGCGAAGAAGAUGACCUAGCCUUGGGUGUCGAAGCGUCGGUGUACGGUAGACCGGGAGUCCAGACGGUCCAGGAGUUUCUGAGGUCUACGAGGUCCAGCCCAACCUUCAGCCGCUGGAACAGCUUCAACUCGGUCGGGACCAGCCACUCCGCCCCCCUGAGCGUGAUGGACGUGCUCAACAUGUGGAUGGACGACCCGGAGGAGCUGCUCCUGGACCUGGGCUUUGGCUGCGACGAGCCGGACAUCUCGGAUCGCAUCCCGGCGCGGUUCAUCAACGCCCCGUCGCAGGCCCGCGGCAUCAACAUCCAGGUGUUCCUGGAGGCCCAGAAGAGCCGCCUCGACCUGGAGAACCCUGACGUCAGCAACCGCUUCAGACAGCUGGAGGUGCUGCAUCAGGUGACCACAGCCUUCACCGCCCUGGUUGGGUCGGGGCCCCCAAAGGCCCACGGGUCCGUCCAGGUCAAGACCCUCCCGGCGGAGGCCCAGGAGAGGAGGCGGCGCGUGGGCCUGCUGCUCCGACGGGCCUCCAAGAUGUCCCUCAACCUGGAGGCCGGGGGCAACGCCGGCGAGGGGGCUCCGGCCGCCGCACUCAAAGGGGACAAGAAGGCCCUGAGCCUCAAGAGGCCGGCCGCACUGAGCCCCCUGGCCGAGGAGCAGGGGCCCCAGGACCCGCUGCUCCCCCAGGUGCCGGGGGCCUUCCAGCCACAGGACGGGGCGCUCAGGCUGGAGCCGCUAAAGGAGGACCUGCCCCUGGACACCAGCGGCCCCCCGAGGAAGAGGAGCUCUGGGAAGUCCAGGGAGUCCUUUGAGAUGGAGGAGAUCCAGAGUUUUGACGAAGGCAGUGUCGUCAGUGGGAUGACCGGAGGACCAGAAAACAUGGUUUGGGGCCUGGUCAGAACCAACAGCACCCAGUCGGACAGCAGCGGGUUCCUGGAGGAACCCUUUGUACCCUCUCUCGACCCAGGACCAGAGCUCAUCAAGACGUUGGCGGUCCUGUCGGGGGACACCCCCCCUCCCUCCCCCACCACCCUCCCCCCUCACCACAUCUCACCGGCCCCCUCCUCCCUCCCCUCCCCCUCCAUCCUCCCCCCUCACCCCCUCACAGAGGCCCCCUCCCACACCGCUGCUCCUCCCCCUCCUGCGUGUCUCCCCUCGUCUCCGGACCCCCCGGCGGACAGAGCGUCCCCCAACCUCACCCCUUCACCCCCCAACCUCACCCCCACGUCUUCGAACCAACCCAAGGAGCCACACAGAGGGAACGUUUCUUUAGGGGAGGAGCCAGUUAGAGGGAACGGUUCUUUAGGGGAGGAGCCAGUUAGAGGGAGCGGUUCUUUAAAGGAGGAGCCACACGGAGAGAGCUAUUCAUUAGGGGAGGAGCCAGUCAGAGGGAGCGGUUCUUUAGGGGAGGAGCCACACAGAGGGAACCGUUCUUUUGGGGAGGACCCACAAAGAGGGAGCAGUUCUUUAGGGGAGGAGCCACACAGAGGGAGCGAUUCUUUAGGGGAGGAGCCAGUCAGAGGGAGCGGUACUUUGGGGGAGGAGCCAGUCAGAGGGAGCGGUUCUUUAGGGGAGGAGCCACACAGAGGGAGCGGCAGUGCUCAGACUGGAGCUCCAGAGGGAGCGGUGAGUCCAGCUGGGUCUUGUGUUCCCCCGGCGGCCUCCAGACCUGGCCUCCGUCCUCCUGGGGAGUCCAGUGUGUCUCCGGCCCGCCAGCGCUCUGCAGUCUCCGCAAUGCGUCCGGACGACGAGACAACGAACGAUCCUGUCCUGGAGGGCCUUGGCUCCCCAGGCCUCCCUGUCUCUCCAGGCCCUCCAGGUCCCCCUGUCACUCCAGGCCCCCCUGUCUCUCCAGGCCCCGCUGUCUCUUCUGGCCCCCCAGGUCCCCCUGUCACUCCAGCCCCCCCUGUCUCUCCAGGCUCCCCUUUCUCUCAAGGCCCCCCUGUCUCUCCAGGCGUCUCUCCAGGCUCCCCUGUCUCUCCAGGCCCCCCUGUCUCUCCAGGCCCCCCUGUCUCUCCAGGCUCCCCUGUCAGACAUGUGGUCCCGGGGAGGACGGACCCCAUGGCUGGGGGCCCAGAGUGCGGCUCUCUGGGGCCUCACAGCAGCAGUGGCGGGGGUGUGGAGCAGAGCGGCGAGAGGCCCCGUGACACGGUUCAGGAUACGGCCGGGGUCCGGCCCGGGGACGCGUUCCGGACCGGGUCGGGGCGUUACCCUCCGUUUGGUGGCGCCGAGAUAACGCAGAUGAAGGCGGGGUCGUUACCUCUCAUGGUGGAGACGGACAUCGAUGCAGCCGAGAUGUCCUUCCCAGGGUCUGGAGGGCUUCCUCAGGGCACGGGAACAGCUGCCGACGCAAAACACGGGGUAGGAGAACGUCCUGGAAGAUCAGGUCAUCACUUGGUGGAAACUAACCUAGAUGAGGUGGGGAGGGCCUCUUGGACCCUCGCUGGGGCCCCGGCUGGGGAGUCCGAAGCCAGAGACCCAGCGCCCCAUGGACGAUACGGCGGACUGCUGGAGACGGAUCUAGAUGAGCUAGAGAGCACUGAUUUUGCAACUCAUUUUGAGACACUCGCCGUUGAAGGCAAACAGUCCAGGAGACUCCAGGAAGUCCUGGAGACGGACAUCGACGCAGUGGAGAGCGCAGAACCUUCUGAAGGAGGUGCCGCAGGAAGUGAUCCUCCAGGUGGGGUCCUUGGACUUCUGGAAACGCACAUAGAUGACCCGGAUCUGGCUGUGUACACGGGGGGCGGCGGGGUGACCCUCACCCAUAGGCUGACUGGCCCCAUCGCCGUGGCGAGCCUGGAUGAGGUGUUUGAGACCUCGCUGGACGGCUCGUCGCCGGACAGCGAGCUGGGCGACGUGGACGCCAUCUGUCUGGAGCUGGGCUCUGACGGCCUGGUCUACUGGGCCGAGCCCGUCCGGGUGGCCUCCACCUCCCCGGCUCUGGGCCAAUCAGACCGCGGCACCCCCUCCUCCCCCGCUGGCCCAGUUGCUUUAGACUCCUCCUCCUUCUACACCCCGGACCGGUUGAAAACGCUUCCCAGCGGGGAUGCGGACGCUCCCGUCGGCGUGGAAACGGCCUCCCCUCCCCCCUCCUCGCCCCCCCCGGCCCCUCGGAGGAGGUGCGGCUCGGUGUCGGUCCAGAUGCCCUCGUGUCCGUCCAGCCGCAGCGUGUCCCACAUCGUCCGGAGGAAGGACGUCCCGUACGCGCCGGCGGCGGCGCCCCCCCGGCCCUCCCUCAUGUCGGCCUCCCUCCCCUGCCUGGACACCUCCACCCCCCUGCGGGCGGUGCAGUCCUGGACCGACCUGCAGCUCCGACGCAGGGGGCUGAACGGCACGGCCUGGGGCGGCCUCCUGGUCUCCCAGAGCCAGGGCUCCCUGAGGGUCGAGGCCUCGGCGACGGCCCUCAGACCCGCCACGGCCUCCUCCUCCGACCCCGCCCUCAGGACGGCGUCCGCCAGCCGCUGGUCCACGGACAGCCUGCCGGGGUCGCCCUCCAGCCUGCGCUCCACCUCGGUGUCGCUGGACACCGGGCUGUGGGCGGAGGACGAGGACGAGGACAGCCGAGAGGGGCGGGGCCGGCUGGAGGAGCACCUGUGGGAGGGGUCGGAAGAGGGCCAUCAGGCGUGCUGCUGCUCCUGCGAGCGCCAUCACACCUGCGGGGCGACGCGCCUCCGCAGAGCGCACAGCACACAGAGCGUCCCGUAUUCCCAGGACGAGCUGGAGAGCAUGAUCUUCUCCCUGAGGAGGUUCCGGGUGGUGCUCGCGGACAUCGAGGAGCAGGUGUCUGACGACCAGGCCUCCGUCUUCACCGCCCUGUCAGCCCCCGUCAGGGAGGAGGUGUGUGACAUCACAGAGCUGAGGAGGAAGGUGAAGCAGGAGGCCGGGGAGCUGGAGCUGCAGCUGAAGGAGCUAACGCACCACUACGACGACAACUUCCAGAUGAAGAUGCAACGACUCCUGAACGAGCAGACGCUCCUCUGCUCCCAGCUCAGACUCCUCCCCCCCCCUGGGAUCACGCUCCCCGUGGGAGGGGCCACCAAGCCCGUCCGGAGCGUCUCCACGCAGUGCAGCCUGUCCCCGGCCCCUAAACAGCAGGGCAACCCCCUGCCCAGCCCCGGGGGUCCGGCCCUUGACAGUCCUAUGCUGGACUGCACCACGACCAAACCGGACAAGCUGGACUUCGUGGGCUUCCUGCAGAGACUAAAAGAUUCCUUGCGUCCAUCUGUGAAUGCAGAGUCCUUGGAAUGAGAGUGCGACUGAAGAGUCUUCCUCCACGGCCGUCUGUUUGAUACGCAGAGGAAACUACAGAAUGGAUGAACGUUUGAUACGAAGGAGAAACGACAGAACGAAUGGACGUUUGAUAUGAAGAGGAAACUAGAGAAGGGAUUGACGUUUGAUAUGAAGAGGAAACAACAGAAGUCAUCAUUAUUAGCGUUUUGGGUGUCAUGUGGACCCGGUCCCGGAAGGUUGCUAGUUCGAUCCCCGGCUCCUCUUAGCUGAGUGUCGAGGUGUCCCUGAGUAAGACAUCUAACCCUGAAUGCUCCCGACGAGCUGUCUGCAAGGUUGACACACCGUUGGUGUUUGAAUGUGUGGAUGAAUAUGUGGAUAGGUGUUUGAAUGGGUGAAUGUAAGGUGAUAUUGGAAAGCACUCUGAGUGGCCACUGGUUAGAACAGUGCUGUAUAAGUGCAGUCCAUUUGCCAUUCAUCAUUAUUAUAAUGUAUAUAGAAAUAAAAAUAAUAUAUAUUGUUGGCAGCUCCAAACAUUAUGCAAAUAUAAAGCAAUGUAAAUUGUUGAGUGAAACAAAAUGGUGACCUAGUCCAUGCUUUUUAAAAACAUAACAUUGUAUGUAUUUUUUAUAGUAAUAUAUUCCAAAUGACAUUUCACAUAAUAUUUUCAUAAUCUUUAUAACAUGUGAUUUAUAUGAUUUUGAAUGUUUAAGAUUUGCCUCAAUCUUAAGACUCGACUCCAUUUAAGACUUUUCCAAAGGCAGAAAUAGAAAUAAAUGAAUGCAAUGUAAUGAAUUAGGGAAGUGUGAUUUAUUUGAGUAUCAACAUUGCACAUGAAUACCACAGCAAUGAAACUGAGGAAAUUAUACCAAAUACAACUAUAACCACAAGA